CUGCACUACGGGACCCUCCUGGGCAGCAGAGCUUGUGCCCACAUGGCAGCAGCUGCCUGGGCCAGUGCCUUUCUCAAUGCUCUGCUGCACACAGCCAAUACAUUUUCCCUGCCCCUGUGCCAGGGCAAUGCCCUGGGCCAGUUCUUCUGUGAAAUCCCACAGAUCCUCAAACUCUCCUGCUCCAAAUCCUACCUCAGGGAACUUGGGCUCCUUGCUGUUAGUGCUUUUCCUUUCUUUGGUUGUUUUUUGUUCAUUAUUUUCUCCUAUGUGCAGAUCUUCAGGGCUGUGCUGAGGAUCCCCUCUGAGCAGGGACGGCACAAAGCCUUUUCCACCUGCCUCCCUCACCUGGCCGUGGUUUCCCUGUUUAUUAGCACUGGGGUUUUUGCCUACCUGAAGCCCCCCUCCAUCUCGUCCCCAUCCCUGGAUCUGUCCCUGUCAGUUCUGUACUCAGUGGUGCCUCCAUUGGGAGGUCUUUUGGGUGUGGUCAAGGGGUGUGGCCAGUGGGGUUUGGUCAAGGGGGAGUGGUCAGUGGAUGUGGUCAUUGGGGUGUGGUCAGUGAGUGUGGACAUUGGUUUCCUGAUAUGGCCUUCCUACCAUUUCCGUCAUCCAGCUCCAGUGAUUCCUAUGGAUCAGGAAUGGGAGGACAUGGAGGAGCUGGAGUGUGUCCAGAGAAGGCGACAAGGCUGGCGAGGGGUCUUGAACACAGUUCCUCUUAGGAGUGGCUGA